AUGGAGCUGCUGCUGCCGAUACUUCUUGGCUUUCUUGCUUGUCUGGUCGGAGGGCUGUACCUUGUCGGAGUGUUCAGACAGCGGCAACCAGGAGAACCCCCCCUUGAUAAAGGGCUCAUUCCUUGGUUGGGUCAUGUCUUAGAGUUUCGCAGGAACUCCUUGAAGUUCCUAGAGAGAAUGGAGAAGAAGCACGGUGAUAUAUUUACAGUACAGCUGGGAGGGUUUUAUAUUACAUUUGUCCAGGACCCUUUUUCAUUUGGGGGGUUUGUUAAGGAGAGUCGGGACAAACUGGACUUUCGAAAGUUUGUUGUGCACCUGUUGAACAGAGUUUUUGGAUAUAAAGGUGUUGAAGGGGAGCACAUUGUUCUCCACAAUUCCAGCAACAAGCAUCUGAAGGGGGAAGGUCUGCAAGAACUGACCCAAUCUUUUAUGAGUAAUUUGCAGAACAUGAUGUUGCACAACAUUGGAUCAGCUGCAGAGGACAGGACCUGGAAAGAAGAUGGACUGUUCAGGUACAGCUACAAUGUUGUUUUCAGAGCUGGAUAUUUGGCCUUGUUUGGCAAUGUGCCACCCAAGUCAGAACAAAGUGAGGAGAAAGCCAAAGAGAAAGACAGAGCUGAAUCAGAAGCUUUGUUUCAUGAGUUUCGUAAAUAUGACCAGCUCUUCCCCAGACUGGCGUAUGGGGUCCUCCCACCGAUGGAAAAGUUGGCUGCAGAGAGGUUGAAGGCAUACUUCUGGGAUGUUCUGUCAAUCCUGAAAAUGAAAACCAAGGACAAUAUCAGUGGCUGGGUGUUGGACAUACAGCAGGGUAAAGAGGAGAUGGGUAUCGAUAUGUCAAUGAUAAACAGAUACAUGUUUGUGCUUCUUUGGGCCUCUCAGGGCAACACAGGGCCUUCUUCAUUCUGGCUGCUCCUCUUCCUCAUGAAACACCCAGAAGCCAUGAAAGCAGUGAAGGAAGAGGUGGAUAAAGUUCUGAAAGAAUCUGGACAGGAGGUCCGGCCUGGUGGUCCUAUGGUCAACCUGACCCGUGAAAUGCUGUUGAAAACACCGAUCCUGGACAGUGCUGUCGAAGAGACCCUCCGACUCACUGCUGCACCCCUCCUCACCAGGGCAGUGAUAAAGGACAUGACCUUCAAGAUGGCUGAUGGGCGUGAAUAUUUACUUCGCAAGGGUGACAGAAUUGCAGUCUUUCCUUUCAGUUCUGUCCACCAUGACCCAGAGAUCCAUCCUGAGCCGCACUCAUUCAAAUAUGACCGCUUCCUGAAUCCAGACGGGACCAAGAAAACUGACUUUUACAAAGCAGGAAAGAAGGUAAAAUAUUACACCAUGCCCUGGGGAUCCGGGGUCUCCAUGUGCCCUGGCCGUUUCUUUGCCACCAAUGAGCUCAAACAGUUUGUUUUCCUCAUGUUGGUCUAUUUUGAGUUUGAGCUGAAGAAUCCGGAUGUGAAGAUACCAGAAAUUGACCUCAGUCGAUACGGCUUUGGAACGAUGCAACCUGUCAGAGAUGUCCAGUUCAGAUUCAGACUCAGAUAUUAAGCCAGUCAGAUAAAAAGAAAACUGUGAUUUUCUUUUUCUUUGGAUCAAGAUGGUUUGAUGAGGACAUUAUG